GACUCACAGGAGCGAAGUGGAGCAGAGUCAGAGAAUCCUGCGGGAAAACUUGGAGCAAAAGCUGGAGAACCAAUGGCAGGUGUUGAGCCAGUUCGAGGACCGAUGCUUGUACAAGGAGGAUGGCGACUUGCGGAAUCGCAUUGAGGACUUAGAAGCCUCAAUAGAUCCCACCCUGGAGCGCCACACGCAAGGCCUCCAGCUGAAAUGCGAGGAGCUGGAGCAGCGGUGCAAGGCCCAUGACAGCACCGUCUUUGAGCAGAUGUUGAAGACAGAGACUUCCAAGAUCUCGAGCUCGGCCCGGGUCUCACAGCGCCGGAGGGUCAGCGACCAGAUUGCCGUGGCACACCUGGACUGCAAAGAAACUCAAAAGACCAUCUUGGAUCACUUGAGCAAGGAGACGGCCGAACGCCAAGAGCAAGCCCGUGGAAUCAACGGCGACCUGGCGAGUCUGGGAAACAGUGCGGCCUGGGAGACCGGCUGGGUCGGCUUGAAGGUGCCUGGCAUGGCGUACGUCAGGACCCAGUGGUGCAUCUUGAUGUGUGACCAGAGAUUGGGUCAUAGGGACUGGCGCGAAUCUCAAAGCAGCUUCCGCUCGAUGCAGGGGCAGCUGCGGUUGCUGGAAGAUGGGUUGGAAAGUGGCCUCCAGGGGCUUCGAUCCGAGAUGCACAGCUCUUUGCGGGAGGAGCGGCUGAAACGAGAAGUGAACGGGACGAGCAUGGCAGAGCAGAUGCAAGCUUGGGAGGACCAGACCCUACUUGGACGGUCGCCAAACUUUUUUUUUGACCCAUCGCCAUGUCACAUCAGAUCACCAUUCACCACAUCAAAGACAAAGACCAUGGUGCAGAAAUGA